AUGGCAUCAGAUCUCCCAUCUCACCAUCGGGUUUUGGUCCUCGAGGCCGUUGGAGCUGGCUUCAAAACCAAAACGGUUCCAAUGCCCUGCCUGGAUGCAGGAAGCGCCAUUGUCCAAGUUCUUUCGGCUGGAGUCCUGUCGUAUCAUCGCGAAAUUUAUAACGGCCAGCGCCAUUAUAGUUUCCCAAACCGAUCGUCGGCGGCAUCAGCGCGAUCGCACGCAUCGCAGCGGUGGGACCUGAUGCGCUUGUUUGUGACGGCAAUCCACGAAGGCAUGAACGACCGGAGUAAGAAGUUGAUUACAAACGUGUGGCGCGAUGGAGUAUUCGCCCAGGACGCCAAGCCACCUCUGGAGAACUGCAUUCCACUUGACGAAACAAAGCUGUGCAGGCAAUUGGGAUACGCCACCAAUGAUCUGAUGUACCUAUACCUCCUGCUUGUUGCGUAUGGAGGGUUCAGGGAUAUCAGGCUGGAGCCCGGUGAAACGGUUGUGGUAAGUCCUGCGACAGGUCGUUUUGGCGGGGCGGGUGUUCAAGUUGCCGUGGCCAUGGGUGCACGAGUGAUAGCAAUGAGACGCAAUGAGAAGGAGUUGGCUAGACUGAGUGCACACAUCAAGAGAGGAAUUCCUCGCGCAUGCAUCGAAAUUGUGAAGUUGACGGGGAAUCUGGAGACCGACACGGUAGCACUUCAGGCCUUUGGCACCAUUGACGCGAGCGCGGUACGGGCGCUGCGGCGAGGUGGGCGAUGCAGUAUUAUGGGAUACGUCGAGGAUGUCAUGGAUUAUAAGGUCAUGGCUCUCAACAUUGCCUCGAAAGGCAAGCUGAUGUACGAGAGAGAGGACGUGGUACUGUUUGUCAAAAUGUUAGAGAGUGGUUUGUUCCCGAGAGGAAAAGACUUUGCGGAUGUCAAGGCGUUCGCUAUGGAAGACUGGAAGGAGGCCCUCGAUAGAGCUGCUGAGCAUAUUGGGAUUGGAAAGGUCGUGGUGAUUGAGCCCUGGUUCUAG